AAAAAAUAAAAAAAAAUUAUAGAUUUCAUUCAUCGGGCGGGCUUAAGAUAGAAUUGGGCCAACCGACGGCCCAAAGUGGAGAGUCGCCCGUCUCUGAGAAUUCUCCGUUAGACUUCUCGGCAAGUCACCGUUGCAGAGGAGGGGGACGUUAAUGGAGGCGGAGGUGGUGGAAGCGGAGCUGGUGCUGCCGGCCUACUUUAGCUUCAAGCGGAUCCAGUCCCACGAGAAGUAUCCGAAAGGCCAAUCGAGUGCUCGCCGCUUCAAGCAUCUCAAGCAGAUCAUUCAGGCCGAGAAUUUCCAGAAUUACCCCCCCGACGAGCCCAACUAUGUUAAUAUCGAAUCACCGCCAUCCAUGCACCCAUGCAAGAGAAUUUGCGACAUAACAGGAUAUGAGGCACCAUACCUUGACCCAAGGACCAAGCUCCGGUAUGCAAACACUGAAGUCUUCAAGAUCAUCAGAUCGCUCCCCAACGACCAUGUUCAGAGAUAUCUGUCCCUAAGGAAUGCGGCAGUUGUUUUAAAGUGAAGCUCACAAAGGAGAUGCAGUGCAACUCAAGAAACGACUUUUUUUUUUUGGAGACUAACCAUGAAUUUAAAUAUAUAUAUAUAUAUAUAUAUAUAUCAGAUUCUAUUUUCCUUUUUUGGAAAAGUAAAUCUAAGGUAAAAUUACCCUCCCCCCAUUUAACGCGGGCAUAUUUUUACUCUCUACACUAUUUCUUUGAGAAUGUUUGGCCCCCGAACUAUGCCUGAGGAAAAAUGUCCCCCCAUCAUCACAUUUAUUCUUAGAAUUAAUGGAAAUUGAGGUGGGUUCCUCAGCAA